AUGAACCCAGCCAAAAACCCAGGCCAUCACAAUGGGCUUUCUGCUCAAAAUGACCUCCAAGAGGAUAAUGAGGAAUCACCAAUCAGAGUCAUCUCUGCAAAUGGGGACUUGAUUCUCGAGUACAUCGCUCCCGGUGACUCUUCAUCGUCACCAACCAGGCGCAAAUGGCGUGUGGCAAGCGAGCGUCUUACCUCCCACAGUCCAUAUUUCCAAGCAUUACUGGACCCGACCAAGUUUUCCGAGGGAAGACAAUUCAGUGCCCAAAAGCAAGCCUGGAAUGAAACCCAAAUAUCAGACUCAGCCCCACAGCAUGCGCUACCAACAGUCAGGCUUCCCGGCGUGCAAUCUACCAGCAUGUGCGGAGAUGAUGCUAUCGAGUUAUUUUUGAAGAUUCUAUGCCUUGAUUCUUUCGAACAAACUGAAAGAGUCCUGUUUGAAAAUGAGUUGAAGACCCAGUCUACAUCGCUUGUUGCGAGAAUGAUCGACCUUGCCGAUUCAUUGAAUUCUCCUCGUGUUGUCGAAGAUAUUCUGCAUAGAAUUGGAUAUUUAUAUGGCAAGACAAAGCCUGCGCUUCUUGCCAGGUUUAAUGCAGCUUCGUUGUCAAUGAAGGAAGAUCGGAUUCGACAGAUCAUCUUUAUAUCGUCCUUCCUCAAUGAUUCAAGACUCACUAGAAUCAUGACCCAUGUCUUGCUAGUUUUGGGCUCCAGAUUCUGGAUAAAUGGGCUAGAUAGCCCCGAGGAAGAGACUUUGCGCUGGAGAUAUCUACCACAUGGUUUAGAAGAGGAAAUAUACUCUCGACGUCAAUAUGUUUUGAACACCAUCACCGACCUACAAGCUCAUUUUCUUCGAGUCUAUGGAGGGCUGGAGGAAACCGAUAGUACAAAGCCCGCAGCAAGCAGAACAUUGGGCGCGGCCUUUACCGCAUCUGCACAUUCGCUUCUUCAAUCCCGUCACUUCCAAUGUCGAGGCGGAUUCAACAACGCCAGCCAAUGCGACCUCUUCCAACUGGGCCAAAUGGUCCGAUUUUUCUCAAUGCGCGCCAAAACGAUCUUUCUAGGAUCAACAUUGAUAGACCCGGAUUUCGACUCAGCUCCCAACGAUGACGAUCACACAGCUGCUAUCAUCGCCUCUAUCAAACAGUAUCCUGACUAUGCAAUUGACGAAGCCCACACCGGCUGUGGUGUGCGACGUCGAAUUAUGCCUGCUUUAGAGUGCAUUGAGAAAUUCGUCUGGGAUGACCGUGGUCUCCUUGGCAUCACCCCCGCAGUCUCGGAUACCGCUGUUCCAGACCUACAUCGACCCUCGAAAUGGACGCGGUGGGCAGACUUUGUGCAGAAGAGUCACGCGGUCGAUAUUUCUUUUGCGAGAGUCACGGCCGUGUACUACCCUUCAGCACCGUCGAAAAAUCAAGUCACCCGUUCCACGCCACAAGAAGAACUGGCACGGCUGUUGUUUACUGCUAAACGGAGGGAUUGGAGUGCAGCAGGCUCUGGCUGA